UAUCGUCUUCAAACCUCUCGCAGCACUAAGCCACUAUCAAUCACUGUCUCUUGGACGGACAGCGGCUUCGAGAGAAGGCAAAGAUACUCACGUCAAGGGCCAGGCCCAGCCAUGAUGAGAACGAAGACUCCUCCUCCUGCAGUAUCCUCUCGCUGAACCAUGUCAGCCUUGAAGCGUCGGGCGUGGCUCUUCUUAGCAGCAACGCUCACCCUUCAAUUGGUCCUGACUAGAUCAGCCAGGGUUCUAAGACAUGAUUUGACAAGUCAUGAAGGAUCUUCUGGGAUCUAUAAGAGGUCUGAUGAUCCGUCCGCACAUUCCUCGCUCUUCCCCUUUCCCUAUGCUGUAUGGUACGAGGAAGCUUCGCCGACCACUAAACCAUGGAUCAUUGUCGGCAUGCUCCUUGGUCUCGGCUUCCUAUUCUCAUUCAUCGGUAUAACCGCCUCGGAUUUCUUCUGUCCCAACCUUUCCUCUAUUGCUGCCAUCCUGGGUCUGAACGAGUCGACAGCAGGAGUCACGUUUCUUGCUUUUGGCAAUGGCAGCCCGGACGUGUUUUCCACAUUCGCUGCCUUGAAGAGCGGGACCUUUGGCUUGGCUGUGGGCGAGCUUAUUGGAGCAGCGUCAUUCAUCGUGUCCGUCGUCGUUGGCACAAUCGUCUUCGUCCGACCCUUCCACGUCCCCAAACAAGCGUUCAUGCGUGAUGUCCUCUUCUUCACGGCAGCGGUUAUCCUCUUGGUUGCGGUCCUGCGAGACGGCAUCUUGACCCUGAGUGAAUCUCUCGCCAUGGUCGGUUUGUACGUCUGUUAUGUGAUAGUGGUAGUGGCUGGCAACUGGCUCAACCGAAGACGGAAAAGCUCCGAAGGGAAGAUUCAUGCCAGACCCAGUCCCGCAAUCAUGCGAACUCCAUCAGGGCAAAGAACAGCCCUGCCCAAACUUCAAAUCCCGGAGCCUACACCACGAGCUCCUUCACCUACAGCUGGAAACAGCGCCCACAGCGAGGCUUCGUCAGCAAAUGCCUCGCCAGUCAGUGCGAACUCACCGAGUCGUCCCCGUAUGAAGCCGGUGAGAUACGCUUCUUCAUCUCGAAUACACAACCUUGGAGCGAUGUCGGAUGAGGGCUCGAUCAACACGCCUCGGGCCAACUUUUCCCUUCUAGGCGCGGUAGAGUUCCGGGACGUGGUCAAUUCCCUGCGAAGUCAAGAUCUUGGCUCACGAGGACAUAGUCCAGCUCGAUCACCAAACAGUCACCAUCAUCUUGAACCGAAUCAAGACUAUUUUAGCGCCCGACCCGGCGAUCUGGCUCACCGCCGAGCAGUCUCCAUAGGUGUAUCGCUGCACACCAAGUCGUCUAAGUAUGGCCGGAAACGAGCAGUGUCCCAUCUGGACCAGCUUCCCGAUGAAACUAGCAUCACAGCUGUCCUGACCCCGACCCCGCUAGAACUACCGGAGCCCAACCCAUGGACAGACCAGCCUGGUCUGCCUCGAUCAACCAGCACUCCAACCUGGUCCAUCCAUCAUCAGCCUGAUGUGUUUCACAAUCCCUCGGCAUCUGCUUCCCACAAUCGGACACCAUCGAUUGCCGUUGUCGAUCCAUCGGGCGCAGAAGGCCCAGCAGACUCGCCUCCCUUGGAACCUACCUCUCAUCAUCGCAACGAGUCCCGCUUUCGCAUACGGAGAAGGACGAGAAUGGUCCUGCGAAUUCUGUUCCCGAGCUUGCAGAGCUUUCGCCACAAGUCAUAUCUCGGCAUGUUUCUGGCCGUUGUCUGUGUCCCUCAGCUCUUGGCUCUGACCUUGACGCUACCGGUCGUGGAUGAUGGCGGAGCAGAAACGGGAGGCAUCGCCUUGCCGACGAGCGAAGCAGAGCCUCUCAAUGAUCCUGGUGUCAGUCCUAACAAUGAGGAGGAGAGCGACGAUACGGGAGGAGGUGACAACAGACUAUUGCGGCCAGAGGUGGGGGAGGAGCUACAUCAUUUGGUCGACCAUCGCUUUUCUCCCCUGCAUUCACCGCUAGGUCGCAUAUCUCAUGCGGCAAUGCGGAGACAGCACGAGGACGAAGAAGCUAUGCACGACGAAGAUGGCGCCGAUGAGGAUGACUCGCAGAAAGAGAUCUGGGAGGAAGUGGAAGAAGACGAAGCUUUGGAUUUCAACAAAUACCUGACGGCCAUUCAGUGCGUCCUUGGUCCAGCUUGGUGCACAUUGACCAUCUUCAGAGGAGCAUCCUACUUCUGGUGGAUCCUUCUAGGGGUCAGCAUAGCCGGCACACUUAGCGCAGGUGCUGUCCUGAUGUACGCUGUCGAUGGUAGCUCGCCGGCCUGGCGCAUGGUCCGCUGUCUCGCAGGAUUCGUUUGUAGUAUGGUUUGGAUCGCAGCGAUCGCUGAUGAGGUCGUUGGUAUUCUCAAGGCUGUGGGAGUGAUUCUUGGUCUAAGUGAUGCCAUUGUCGGUCUCACAAUCUUCGCCGUUGGAAACAGUCUCGCCGAUUUAGUCGCAAAUGUGACGGUCGCCCAAUUCGCUCCUGCUAUGGCCUACGCCGCUUGCUUCGGUGGACCCAUGUUGAAUCUCCUGCUUGGGGUCGGAGGCUCUGGGACAUAUCAUCUCUUGACACAUCCCAAGGAAACGGUGUCAAUACAUUUUUCACCAACGCUUUGGGUAUCUGCCACAGGAUUAGUGAUCGUACUGGUAGGGACUGCCAUUAUCGUGCCUUUGAAUGGCUAUCUUAUCGAUCGGAAGUGGGCGACUUGCCUGCUGAUCUGUUACGCCGUGUUAAUGGUGACGAAUGUCCUUGUAGAGAUCAAGACGGGACGGUAGAUGUCCAAUUAUUAGAUAUAUCAAUACACGUUGGGCAUAUGUCUUAUCAUGCAUCGUAAUGUAUCUUGG